CUAUCAAUUCUAUUUUUUCCAGCGCGAGAAUUAAGAUCAUGCGGUGGGAUAAGUAGCGGCGGAGAGGUUUGCUGUACAGCAGAUAUGGAGCAGAGGCUGCAAGCAAAAGCUCGGGACAGACAUGAAAAAGCUACGAAAGCAACCCUCCAGCGACUGCAACAACUUCUCGCCACUAGAGGAGCAAGAUUUCAUGGUUUCUUUAAAGAGCUAUUGGCGUCCUCCAAGAAGGGCUUUCAUGAAAUGUUCAAAAAAACUUAUGGAAUUUUGUACGAGCAAAACGCUUAUGUUUUCACUGAUUUGUUUAAUGAAUUGGAAAAUUAUUACGUCAAGGGAACGUACAACUUCGACGCAAAGUACCUAAAAUGCGUGGGCAAUCAUAUGAAAGACAUGCGUCCAUUCGGUGACGUCCCGCAGAAAUUGGGCGUCCAAAUAAAGAGGUCAUUCAUAGCUACAAGGGCCUUCAGCCAGGCUCUGACAGUCGCCGCGGAUGUGCUCAAAAACAUGCAGACGCUCAAGGUUUCGCCCGAGUGCGCAGCAGCAUUGACCAGGAUGACAGCAUGCCCGUCUUGCAGCGGCAUACCCGGUAAUGUACUUGCCUGCGGUGACAUGUGCGCUAAUGUCAUGAAGGGUUGCCUUACACAACACGCUGCACUCGAUGCUGAAUGGAAUCAUUUUGUCGAGGCGGUUGGAAAAGUAGGCGAGAGAUUGCUGGGGCCGUUCAAUAUCGAGAUGCUGGUGCGACCGAUAAAUCUCAAGAUAUCCGAGGCCAUAAUGAACUUCCAGGAGAACAGCCACGACGUGUCCCAGCGGGUGUUCAGCGGGUGCGGGCGACCGGUACUUGGAAGACGGAGGAGACGUCGAAGAAGUCCGUCCGCGUUGGCAGCUGCCCGUGACGUCGAUUUUGAUCCGGGAAACUUUGACCAGGAAUCUGGAGAAGACGGCCGCUCGACGACCGCGGCGAUGCUCGACAAACUCGUCAAGGAAAUUCGCCAGAGGGUCAGAGAUUCCAGGCAGUUUUGGAUUUACUUGCCGUACCAACUUUGCAAUGACGGGUUGGUGGUUCCCGCGAGCAACACCAAGGAAUGUUGGAACGGCACACAUGUUGACAAAUAUUUAUACCCGGUAUCGUCCGACGGCGAGACGCAGACUCUAAACCCAGAGGUUCGCGGAGCUGGUCCCAGAGCCGCGAUUGUUAGAGACCAAAUAUUUGCUCUCACAACAAUCACCAGUCGGCUCAGAUCCGCAUUUAAUGGCCAAGAUGUUGAUUGGAUAGACCCUGAAGACAUUCCUGAAGGAUCAGGCAGCGGUUCCGGAAACGGUCGCGACGACGACGUAAUAACCGACGACGAAGAUGGCUGGGGCGAAGGAUCCGGCGAAGACCCUAAACCUUCAGAGCCAGAAGUCCCGAAUGUAGCUUCACCAGUGCCUCCGGUGAUACCACCGCAGGUGGAUAUCGCGCCGAAGAGUCCAGUGGACAACGGCGUCGACAAGAGCCCCGAGUCCAGUGGGGGCAGUCUGGACAAGAACGAGGGUAGUCAAAACGCGACGACGAGCGUCGGCAGCGGUAGUGGAUCCGCGAGUCGCCCGCGAAUGUCUCUAACUCGCGCCCUAACGUCCUAUCUCUUCCCUAUUGCCGUGAUGUGGUUCGGCGGCUGUCUUACCGAGUGGCUGUGA